AUGAAGCACACCCUCUUGAGUCUCAAGGCGCUGGUCGCCACAGUCGCAGCUUCUGUUUUCGUCAACGCUCAACAGCAAAAUGCUAGCUCCUCGAAUCCUCUCAUCACGCGCAACCCGCCCGAGCAGGUCGACGUUUCUCUCAACUUGACCUCGGGUCCCUACGACAACUACCUCUUCCGCAGCAACCUGACGGCAGCCCAGGUCUUGCUCACCAACACCACUGCAGCUAAUCCUACGGACAAUUCGACCAAGCCAACCCUCAAUCGCUUCCUGGUCGCUUUGCCCGCAGGAAACUCGGGCUCCGUAGCCUACUUCUUGCCAUACACCAACGGCUCCAACGCAACGGAUGCUCAGACCUCGACAGCGUCUCAGGGCCUCACCGUCACUCUUGGUGAUGCCGGAAUCAAGGGCGCAUACGGUCCCAACAACCAGUCCGGAGUCACUGGUGAGCUGCUCUUUUCGCAGCCAGCCACGCUUGGUACUACUCUGCUUGGUUCCAUCAGGACGGUUCGAGACUUCACCGAAGGCAAUGGCCUCACCCACGAGAUCUUCAAUUGGACCGUCACCCAAGCCGACAACAAGACCAUCUGGCUCACAAAGCCGUGGCUGAACGAAACCAUCGUCCGAAAUGCCCAGGGCCAAGAGACGGGCAGAGUUCGGUACGCACUCGAGUGGCUCCUCCAAGCCAACAACGGUACCUCGUUCGAUGUCGUGCCUUCCAACAAUGGCACCUACACGCCUCCUACGGUCCACAUCCUGCCCCCACCUGUGCAGACCAACGACACGGCACGAGCCAUGUCACAGCCCGGUUCGGUCACCUUCACUGUUCAAGUUAACGAGACAGCCUUGGCUCCGCUUUCUGUCGAUACGCUCUUCACCCCAAACACGACGGCGGCGAUGCAGCCCGAAGCCCAGAGUCAGUUUUCGUUCAUGACAUAUGCCUCCAAGUUUACCGCCGGUGGAUGGAGAUUCCUCACCUACUUUGGACGUGACACCAUGUUUACCACGCGCAUGCUGAUGAACAACAAGACAGUCACUCCGUUCGCAGCCGAGUCGGUGCUCGGCGGUGUCAUUGAGCGAAUCAACAUCACCUCGGGCGAGGUCUGCCACGAAGAGACUAUCGGAGACUAUGCUACGUUUGUCAACAUUGGCGAAGGUCAGCCCGAAAAGGGCAACGAGCCCUUCUACGAUUACAAAAUGAAAGACACCCACUAUGUGCUCCUCCCUCAGCUCGCCGACUACCUCCUCAGGUACAACGCCACGAACGCCAACUUUACUGCCAGUCCUGAGGCGCGUCUGUUCCUCUCUCGACGUGCUGUGCUUGCGAACGGCACGAGCUACAUCCAACUGCUGCAAUCCAACAUCGAAUACGUGCUCAACUCGUCGGUGGCUUUCGCACAGGACCCUAGCGACUACAAGAACUUGGCUCGCAUUGAGGUGGGCGUUCCCGUUGGAAACUGGAGAGACAGUAACGAGGGUCUUGGCUGGGGAGUAUACCCCUAUGACGUGUCCACCGCUUUGGUUCCGGCGGCAUUGUACGCUGUCUCUGACCUCGCCAGAUCCGGAUUGCUCUCCAAUUACACUUCGAGCGCUCUCAACGCGAGCGGAGCGGAUCUCGCAGACAAGGCGGCCAGCUACGCCAAGAUCUGGGAGGACGAAGCUCCCAAAUUCUUCCAGUACAACGUUACUAGUCAACAGGCUCAGCAGAGAUUGGAGGGUUAUGUGCAGCGCGCCAACCUCUCCACGGCUCUUCUGUACGGUGAUGGCUCGCUCAACUCUUCGUUGUCGGUGUCGAACAGCAGCAGCACCGGUAGCGCCAGCGCACCGAACGCCACGAGCACUGGAAUGGCACGUCGUGGCGGUAGCAUGGAUCUUGGCCACAACGCCGAGUUCCCGCUCGCUGCUCGUCAAGGAUCCACCGACAACAGCACCCAAGACCAAGCAGGCAACACCACCGUCUACGGCCUCUCUCUGCUCGAAGACGGAGCCGUGGUGCCUGUGCUCCACUCAGACCUCUCGUUCAACUUGCUCUACUCGCGCAACCCUUCGCGCUCGUUGAUCGAGGCGGUCAUCUCUGCACUCCAGCCUUACCCUCGUGGUCUGCUCACCAACGUCGGAAUGCUCGUCGCCAACCCGGCGUACGAUCCCAACACGACCAAGACCACCGAGCUGGACCGCACCGCUUACCACGGAACCGUCUCGUGGGGAUUCCAGACCAACUUUAUGGCUUCUGGUCUGGACCGUAUCAUCGCAUCGUGUGAUCCGUCGGCCAAUCGAACGCAGGUCUCCAGGUCGGGACUCAUUGCUCGACCUGACUGGUGCGAUGAUCAGCAGCUGGUGUCGGGCUUGACCAAUGCACAGGCGAUGUUGUGGCAGGCGGUGAACGGUGCGUUUGAGGAGAGGUUUGCAGAGGUUUGGAGUUGGACGUGGAGCAACGAGACCGAGAGGUUCGAGGUGACGCCGUUGGGAGAGAUCAGCCCAGAGGGGACCGAGAGCGACGCGGUUCAGCUGUGGAGCUACGGUCUGCUGGGGAUUCAGGAUCCCACAGCGACGAACGAGACAUCUACCUAG